UGAUCGCGCUUAUCAUGUUUGGCCGCUAAGUUCCUCCGGUGUGGAGGCCGAUCAUUAUGGGGGAUCUAGGACCCCGAGACGGGAUGGACCCUGACCGACCGACGGCUGCGAAGAAUUCACUGAGGCGGUUCAUACCGGGAUAAAAAUAUUUUGUUGUGAGCAGUCAUAAACAAGCAGACAGUGAGCUGCAGAGGAGGCGGUGUUUGCUGGGAUUCAAUCAGAGCCACCGUUGCGGCUGGUAGGUUAACGAGGAGAGGGGGAUGUGAGGAAACUGGGAAGGCAGCACUUUUUAAACACCACGGGAUCCGAAGAGCGACGAUAAUGGCUGAAUUGUUGAUUAGAAGCCGGCCCGGUCAGCCCAACACAGUCGGAGCAGGGUGGGUUCAUCCGGUGUGAAAUCAGUCGGCUGUAAUCUGUUGGCCUCUCCUCCGCCGGGCGGCGAUGUCCGCGUUCUGCCUAGACCUGCAGACGUCUGCCGUGGUUUCAGCACCACUGGAGCUGGACAGCGACUGCAUGGAGUCCCGGGGUAGCCCCACCGCUCAGGAGCCCGGCGGCUUUCAGGGUCAUCCGCUGCGGCACGCCGGUUCCGGAGGCCUCGGGAUGGCCUUGGAGGAGGAACUGGCCAUGCUUACCGGGGAGCGGGGAGGUGAGGAGCAGCUGUCAGACCCAGAGACGCCUGCGGUGGGGCAUAACGCAGACUUGCUGUCGCUCUUUCGCCAAAAGGAAAAAGACUUGGUUUUAGCUGCUAAACUCGGCAAAGCGUUGCUGGAGAGAAACCAAGACUUGACCAAGCAAUAUGAGAAAAUGCACAAAGAUCUCAACGAGAAAUUGGAGCACCUGGAGCAAGAGAAGCAUGAGCUGCGACGGCGUCUGGAAAGCCGGGAGGGGGAAUGGGAGGGCCGGGUGGCUGAGCUGGAGACGGAUGUCCAGCAGCUGCAGGGCGAGCUGGAGCGACAGCAAGUCCAGCUGAAAGAAGCUGACAGGGACAAGACCAAGGCCAUCAGCGAGCUCUCAGAACAGAACCACAGACUGCUGGAGCAACUCAGUAGGGCUGCAGAGGUGGAGAGGCAGCUGUCCACUCAGGUCCAUUCAUUACGGGAUGACUUCAGGGAGAAGAGUGUGUCCACACGCCAGCACAUGACACGACUAGAGACUCUACAGGCUGAGAUUAAGAUGCUGUCAGAACGGAAGAUGGAGUUGGAGCACCGAGUGCACGCCAUGCUCGAGGAGAACGAGUUGCUGCAGAAUACUGUGGAUGAGCUCCGGGAGAGGACGCUGGUGCUGGAGAAGCAGUGUCACGAGAAGGACCUCCAGUUGCGGCAGAGCCAGCUGGAGCUGCUGGAGGUUCAGGUGUCCCACAGGCAGCUGGCCGCUAGGUUGGAGGAGCUGACGGAGGAGCACAGCCUCCAAACUCUGACCCCCCAUCCUUCCAGCCUGCUGUGCGAGAUAGAGCAAAGUAUGGAGCAGGAGGAGCAGGAGCAGGAGAGGGAGCAGCUACGUCUUCAGCUAUGGGAGGCCUACUGUGAAGUUCGCUCACUUUGCUCUCAUCUGCGGGGAAACGAUGUCACGGAUUCAGCGCUGUCCACUGACUCUUCCAUGGACGAGUCCUCUGAGACUUCCUCAGCCAAGGAUGUGCCUACUGGGAGCCUCCACACCAGCUUGCUAGAGCUACGGAGGCUCACUCAGAAUCUGCUGGAUGGCAAUGAGUCUACGGGCUCACGGCGUAGUGAUGAGGAGGCUCUGGAGGAGCAGGUGAGGAAACUGGGAGAAGAGUUGCGGGAAGUCAGAGAGCUGUAUGAGGCGGAGCAGGACAAAACACGCGGCAAUGAAGAGGAGCUGCUGCAGCUGCACAACCAGGUGGCGCUGCUCUCUGUAGAGAUGCGCUCUCUCCGAGAAGAGAACGAGCGAAUGAGGACAAUGGCUGAAGUUCGAGAACCCAGCGAGCAGCUCCAGAGUGCGAUCAGAGACCGAGACGAUGCCAUAGCUAAGAAGAAAGCGGUAGAAAUGGAGCUGGCCAAAUGUAAAAUAGACAUCAUGUCUCUGAACAGCCAGCUGUUGGACGCCAUCCAGCAGAAGCUCAAUUUGUCGCAGCAGCUGGAGGCUUGGCAGGAUGAUAUGCACAGAGUGAUUGACCAGCAGCUGAUGGACAAGCACCAGGACGAGUGGCGCGCAGCCCCUACAUCUCUGUCGGGGUCGUCCGUAACCCACAGGGGUCAGUCCUCAAGAAGAGCUCAGCGUAUCUCCGACCGGGACAAGAGACUUUUCUCUUUUUUCAAAAAGAACUGAACCCUAUCAUGCUGGCCCUGAGCACAGCCGACAGACGCAGACGGACGAGGCGCAGGACAAGGAGGGUAGUGACAUCACAAUACAGGGGGUAAAAACACAGCCAAAGACAGGCAGUGGCACAUGCACACUGAGGGUUUUUUUUUUGGUUUUUUUUGGGGGGGGGGGUCAUUUUGCACUUUAUCUGUCCCA